AUGGCAGAGUACGGUGAGUACGAGCUUUUUUUGAAGCAAGAGCUUGAGAAGCUGCAUGAGAAGUUGGUGGAAAAGUACCAGGUUGACAUGCAAUAUGCAAACGAGAGGUCUUGCGAGCAAGUGGUGCCAGACACGCAUCAGCUUAUCAAGCCUCGGCCACCCUCACGUUCUGCUAGUGGGUUCAUCAGCAACACGAGUAGCCGAGCGAAGAUCGAUCCGGGAUCCCUUCAGCUUGAUCUCUCCUCAACUUUUCCAAGCUCUUCGCCACUGGGCUGGGGCUUGGAAUCCUCACCGGUCCUAAGCAAUUGGGCAAAUCUUACCUCCAAGCUGAUGAACACAACCCACGUUGAGGAGUCUGACAGCGAGGACGAAGAAGUCGCAUCUUAUGUCAAAGACAUACUGACUAUCCGCCCUCAGUGGAAGACUGCGCUAAAGCAGCAUGCGUUGAAGCGCGAGAAGACCCAAAACUUCAAGUCGUCAACGCCGCUGAACCAGACGCCCCGAAUGAAAGAUGCAGCCGUGGAUGGCUCCUGCCUUCAGCCACUGGUGAGGAAGCCAAGCAGUAAGCUUCAGAUUACUUGGUCUCUUCUCGGUAUCUUGUUCAUCGUCUGGGAUAUGAUUACAAUCCCUUUGGAGCUCUUCGACGAUGAAGAUAUGAUAUCCUUGCUCUUGGUGGUGGGUAGGUUUACUUUCGGAUAUUGGAUCCUUGAUAUGCCGCUUCAUGCAAUCUUCGGAGUGGAGAUAGACGGACAUCUCGAGUUGCGUCCAGGGGUGCUGCUCAAAAGAUAUUGGCGGUCCUGGUUCGGUGUCGACCUGAUGGUAGUCUCCAUCGAUGCAGCAUUGCUGAUCGCGGAGCUGGUGCAAGAUCGAGCACCCGCGCCGGCGCGAUCUGCUCGAUACCUGCGUACCUUGCGGCUCUUGCGGCUGCUGCGGCUGUUGCGUGUGGCAAAGCUGCAGCGGGAGUUGACGAAACUCGCCAACAGUUUCCUUUCCACCUACGCCUUCAUGGUCAUGCGGGUCGUGUCCGGGCUGUUGAUGAUUUUGGCCGUGAACCACAUCAUCGCAUGUUGCUGGUACGGUUUGGGGCGCUGGACGAUGGAAGAUGGCAGCAGUUGGCUGCUCAACGCGGGCAUCGCGGAUGCGUCUCUAGCGGACUCCUAUGCCACUUCAAUCCACUGGGCACUUACCCAGUUCACACCUGCAACGAACAAUGUCGCUCCGGUCAACUUCGUGGAGAGGUUCUUCGCAGUGUGGGUCAUCCUUCUGGCCAUGGGGACGUUCUCUUCUUUCAUCAGCUCAAUUACUGCAACCGUGAGUACCUUGAGGGCUUCGAGGUCCGAGCAGUUUAAGCACCACUCCUCCUUGGUGCGUUUUUUCAACGAAAGGAACCUUUCGACCGACACUUAUGCAAAGAUCAAUAAUGCACUGAAGAAGCAGGGAAUGUAUGACAUCCGCCUCAAGGAGACAGAGGUCACUCUCUUGAAAGGCGUUCCCGAGCACUUGAAGGUCGUCCUCCAUGAAGAGAUGUUCAUGAGCUCUCUGUUGUCUUUGCGUAUCUGGGAUGACUGGAGCCAUGAGGAUGAUCUCUUAAUCCACCGGCAAAUCUGUCAUCUCGCUAUGGUCGAGCAUGUGGCCUCCCCUGGGAACGAUGCCUUCAUGCCCGGCACGGAGUGCACGGAGGUCUACCUUCUGGACCAAGGCAAUAUGGGCUACAUUGCCAGGCAAUUCGCCACCUUCGAAGCAGAGUUUAUCUCUCCAGGCCAAGUGUUGUGCCUGCCAUGCCUUUGGGCGGAAUGGCUUCAUCGCGGGCGCCUAACCGCGAAUGGUGGUACCACAGCGUAUUACAACGGGAUCAACUGCGAAAAGUUCUGCAGUCUCGUCAAACAGCAUGGCAAUCCGCUAUGGCAGUACUUGCAAAUCUACGGAAUACUGGUCAUCGGUGAGAUCGAACACAUGGAUGCGGAGGACAUCUUCGUCACGGACAAAACCUUAGCUGAAGACAAGAUGCACGAUAUCGCAACCCGUGCCGGACGCUUCGCGGACAUGGUCAACAACCGGCACGAGUCAGAGAAGGCGUCCUUCAUGGCAACACUAGGCGCAGUCGGACACCACCACCACCACCGUUCGCCCUCGAGACAGUCCACGAACCGCUCACAUGGCUCCAUGGAUCACGGUGAAAAGCAACUCUUGCAUCUCUGA